GCUCCACGGCUGGCUCGCGCUCUCCCUCCCUGCGGCGACCUUUCUCCUCCCUGAUGACGAUAUCCACGCGCAGCCGCGGUCGCAGCGAUACCGGAAACACGCCGAACAAGAGGCAAAAGGUGGAGGAGCACGUCCAAGAAGCGCCUCCGCCAGAAGAGGCUCAGCCAGUAGUCGGCGAACGCCAUGCCAGUCUCUGGUUCGACGAAGGAAACGUCGUGCUCGCGGCCCAGGGGAAGUCGUUCAAGCUUCAUUCCGGCGUGCUCGCACACCAUUCGAAAGUCUUCAGGGACCUCCUGAGCGCGCCUGCCCUCGCGAGUCUACAAGAGAGGCUGGAUGGCUGCCCGGUGUUGCGGACGGAUGACAACGGAGACGUGCUCGCGCAGCUGCUGCAAAUCGUCUAUGAUGGUGCCAAGAGGUGCGCAGUGCUUCUUUUACUCUGGCUGUGAUGUUACAUCUAUCUUCCAGUGGCUGGUUCGGUCGCAAAAGAGAGGUCAUCAAGUUUCGCGACCUACGAUUGGUCACUAUCAUUGCGGCGAAAUAUCAGGUACAAGAGGUGCUGAACGAGGCUAAAGACCGGCUCAGGCUGUAUUACCCGUCUAACAGCCUGAGAGAAUGGCGCCAAGUCCGAUUCCAUGGCGACCCUGGGGCGAAAUGCGACUCGUUAUGCAUUCGUUUUCCCGACUCAAUCGCUGUUGUCCACUUAUGCAGGCUUCUUGGGGCGCACGAAAUACUUCCGGUAGCACUGUACGAGUGUUGUAGGCAGGACGAUCAAGAAGCCCUGGUCCGCGGUGUCGUCUAUGAUGAAGAGGUUGUCCGUCUGACUGAAGACGACAUACUACUUUGUCUAGCUGCUCGACAUCGGCUCUACCAAGAGAGCGCACAGAUAGUCAAGACAUUCAUCGAUUUCCGCCCCCCUGCGUGACGCUCAUUCGCACACACCUGGCACCCAGUGUCAGAGGGUAGUCAAAUCGAUCAUCCUCCAUGGCUUCGAUCGCAACAUGGUGACCGAUGUGAAUCCUCUGGAUCUUGGGAACACGUUCUUGAACAGGGAUGCGAAGCAGAAGCUGUGUAUCCUCUGCCAGCAUGUGCUGCAAGCUGCAUUGGACGAUCGAACAGAAGCAGUUUGGAGGAAGCUUGGGGAGAUAUUUCACGUGGAUCACUGGCCACCUAACGACGCUAGUAGGAACAGCUCAAACAACGACAACGGUGCAGUCAGUGGCUCCGGUAUCAAUGCAGUCGUUAAGGACCACACUGACUUAUAUUCGCUUAGUAACCAUAAGCGCGGGUGGACAACUAGCUUGCCUCGGUGCGUUUUCUCGGAUGAUAUAUACACAGCAAAGCUUGCU